AGAGGAAGAGAGGGAGAGAGAGAUCCAGGCAGAAUAUCAAUGUGCAACGGAGGAGAGGGAGGAGAGAGAGAGCUCAGGCUAUGGAGCAGAUAUCAGCAUGAGCAGCAUUGUUUUUCUGUUGAGGGUAGCAGGACACAACAAACAUAAACAGGACAUUUGAACAACGGAUAUAUCGUUUGCCAGUAAUCCUGAACUUAUAAAGUACUCCCAAAAUGUCAGAUCUGGAAGACUUCAGCAAAACAGCAGGGCACUGGAACACAUCGGACAGCUACCAGCUGAAUCCCACCAGUGUGAUCGUGCCCGUGGUGUUCUCGCUCAUAUUCCUGCUGGGGACCAUUGGGAACAGUCUGGUCCUGGCCGUCCUCCUCCGCAGCGGCCAGGUGGGAUACAACACCACCAACCUGUUCAUCCUCAACCUCAGCGUGGCCGACUUCUUCUUCAUCAUCUUCUGCGUGCCUUUCCAAGCCACCAUCUACUCCCUGGAGGGCUGGGUGUUCGGCUCCUUCAUGUGCAAGGUGGUCCACUUCUUCAUCAACCUCACCAUGUACGCCAGCAGCUUCACGCUUGCCGCCGUCUCUGUCGACAGGUAUCUGGCCAUUCGCUACCCUCUUCGCUCUAGAGAGUUGAGAACGCCCUGUAAUGCCGUGGUUGCCAUGGUAGUCAUCUGGGGACUAUCAUUGAUCUUCGCAGGACCGUAUUUGAGCUACUACGACCUCAUAGAUUACGCCAACAGUAACGUUUGUGUUCCAGGUUGGGAGGAGUACAACCGCAAGGUGCUGGACACGUGCACCUUUGUGUUUGGUUAUGUGAUCCCUGUGCUCAUCGUGAGCCUGUCCUACACCAGAACCAUCAAGUACCUGUGGACUGCUGUGGACCCUCUGGACGGGAUGUCAGAGUCCAAGAGGGCUAAGCGCAAAGUCACCAAAAUGAUCAUCAUCGUCACAGUGCUCUUCUGCAUAUGCUGGCUGCCCUAUCAUGUGGUGAUCCUAUGCUAUCUGUACGGAAACUUCCCCUUCAACCAGACCACAUACGCAUUCAGGAUCCUCUCUCACUGCAUGGCCUACGCCAACUCCUGCCUCAACCCCAUUGUGUACGCCUUGGUGUCCAAGCACUUUCGGAAAGGCUUCAAGAAGGUGUUCAGCUGCAUUCUCAGUAAGAACGGCAGGAACAAAGUGCAUGUGGUACAUGUAGCCAACACAGUGCCUGGGUUCCAGGCGGGGUCCACAGAAGUGUCACUAAUGAAUGAGGACAAUGUACGACAAAAUGACUGUGAGAUGAGCAGCCGACCCAUCGCCGAGCCGAGAGAAGCAACUAUAAGCCAUUUCCAGAAACAGUCUUGAAAGAUGAGGCUUAUGGUAAAGGACUGUGCAGAUUGCCUUAUCACAAAGACUUUGUAUUCCAACCUCAAAGGGAAACUCAAUGAUGACAGUAUCUCGGUAUUUGAGAUGGUGACAAAUGGGAAUUUGAUGAGAGGGUAAAGAGAGCAUGAUCCUUAAAAAAACAAACAUGAGAAUGGUUCAAAUAUAUAAUUAUAAAUUAGAAUAGUAGUCAUUUAAUUUAUGGGUUGCACCUAUGUUUCAUCACAAUAUUGGUUUGAACAUUUGUUUUAGAACUGAUGCCGACUGAGCAUUCUACUCUAUGCAUUAUCAAUGAGCGCUGAGGAAGAUAUCAUCAAGUGCAUUACAAUGGCUUGGAAAUACAAUUACAUUUCAAAAUGAGGCAAAAAUUAGUAGGAAGACCUUUUGUCAUCAUUUUGAUGUCAUCAGAUGGACUUGCAGAAUAACGUUAGCUAGCAAGCUAAGAUUGAGUGGAGAUCACCGGAUUUUAGCUAGCUAAGUUUAGCAUUGCCAGCUAUUUUUGACAAACUUUGCUAGUUAAUGACAACAUUACCCUCUGUCUAAAGUACAUUUUAUGAAAUGAUAAUGAUGGCAAAGUUGUUUCCUACUAAAUAUUUUCCUACUUUAGCAACGUCAUUGUAAUUUAGAUGAAGCAGUCAUUACCCUCCGUUCAGAAUGACUGGGUUUAUCACAACUUUUGGGCACCACUGUGGCAGAGGGCGGCUUGAGAAUGCUCAUAACAACGGCAUGACGCGACCAAGUGAUGUAGGUGCAACCUAUGAAUAGGAUAUGGGUUCAAAUGUAUUAGGCUAGUGGUGUUAUCUUUUUGCUUUGCACAUAUUUGUAUUUUUUUUGCAUGUUUCUCUCUAUGUUUACUGCACUCAGUCACUUAAUAGUUGUGUUGCUGUUGUAAAUGCCAUGCUGCUAACUAUAUUAUCCUUUAUGGCCUCUAUUCACUUGUAUUAGCUAAUCUGUCUGUUAAACUCUAUAAAGUCAACGUUCUCUGUUUCCUUUCUUCACUUUCCUGGUUUCCCCUUUUCUAGUCGAGUCUCCUUAAAAGCUUGUAUACUACCUCAAUGGUGUGUUAAACUACCCUCCCUCUCAUUUAGAAAUUCCAAGAAAUGCAAUUUUCCACCAGCAGGACUGAUUUUCAUGCGAAAGGCCAGAAUAGAAAAGUAUAUAUUUUAUAUUUAGAACUGCCCUUUAUACCCUGUAAUUUUAUCAAAAUGCAAUGUGCUUUCUGUGUUAUUUGUUUUUGCCUUUGUGACACUUCCUUAUGUCUGUACUUUCUGCUCUUCUCUAACUUGUUUAUGUGUAUUGGAUGAGAUUAUGUAUUUGGUUAAAUAUUGGCUCAACAUUUUAGAAGUGGAUGUAAAUAUCAAUGAUCAAAUAAAAUGUUUUAUGUUGCAGUA